AUGUUGAAUCAGUCAAAAUAUGAAAACAAUCGCAGCAAGAACUGUUUACUUGAAUCGCCAAUUUGUGAACGUCUUCAGGCAGAACCUUGUUGGCUUGGGAUCGAUGAGGCAGGGCGGGGACCUGUGCUUGGACCAAUGGUGUAUGGCAUAUGCUUUAGCCCGCUAGCAGACAAAGAUAAGUUCUCAAAAAUGAAGUUUGCAGAUUCCAAAACUUUAACUGAAGAGCAAAGGGACAAUGUUUUUGGAACAAUGAAUGAGUCAUUGGAUAUGCUGGGAUGGAUGGUGGAGAUUCUCUCACCAGUCUAUAUCUCUACAAGCAUGCUUAGAAGAGAGAAAUAUAAUCUAAAUGCCUUGUCCCAUGACUGUGCUAUAGGGUUAAUUAACACUGCCCUGGAGAGAGGUGUCAAUGUCACUGAGGUAUAUGUCGAUACAGUAGGAGACCCAGUAAAAUAUCAGGCCAAGCUGAAAGAACUUUUCCCUAGCAUUGAUGUCACAGUUGCCAAAAAGGCAGACUCUUUGUACCCAAUUGUUAGUGCUGCAAGUAUAUGUGCCAAGGUGUCCAGAGAUCAUGCAGUCAAAAACUGGGAGUUUAUGGAAGGAAUAAUUUUGAAAGAAUCUGAUUAUGGUUCAGGCUACCCAGGCGAUCCAAAAACAAAAAAGUUUUUAGAAAACAGCUUUGACAAGGUUUUUGGAUUUCCAUCUUUUGUUCGCUUCAGCUGGUCUACAGCUUCUCUCAUAAUAGAGAAGAAUGGUGUUGCAGUAAAAUGGGAGGAUGAUGAAGAUGAAGCAGAUGCAGCAUCUCAAGGAAACACAGUUCUGUCACAAUAUUUCAAGUCAAAAGAUGACAAAGGAGAGCAGACUCGCCAUCGCUUCUUUACACACAGGCAGCUGAACCAUGUGACUUCAUUUUAA